GCGAAUGUGGUUCGUCGUUUCGUUGUGGGCGGGUUCAAGGAAUCGAGUGUUAUAUGCGGUGUGCUUCAACUGUGUCUGGCGAGAAGUUUAAAGGUGCAGUUGGCCUGCUACGACUCGGAUCUGGCCGUCAGACUUGAACAGUGUCCUGUUGUACUCGUCCCACAACGCGAGUGAAGGCCCACUGCGUGUUACUAUACGUACGCACCCUGAUCCGCCCCGGACGACUUGACACCCGCUGCAUUCGAGAAACCCGCCCUGCCCCCACCUCAACAUGAACGCAUUCGCCACCUCGCUCGGCGCCGUCCUCCGCCUCCAACAGCUCCCCGCGCACCUGCCCACCAUCCUCCUCUCCUUCCUCUUCUUCACCGCCGUGCAGUCCCUCCUCGGGCCCUGGUCCUGGCGCCUCCUCGGCAAGGAGCGCGAAUGGGCCGCCAUCACCGCAGCUGACCCCUCCCUAGCCCACCGAAAACGCAAGGAGCUGCAUAACUGGUCCACCCACGUCACCUCCCUCACGCACUCCCUCCUCAUCCUCCCGCUCGCCUUCUCCCGCCUCCACCUCCCCGCGCUCGCCGCCGACCCCGCGUUUGGCUGGGCCCACGGCGUCGGGCCCGUCCUCGCCGUCGCGUGCGGGUACUUCCUCUGGGACGCCCUCGACAGCAUCUUGUAUUUCCAGGACGUCGGCUUCGUCGUGCACGGCCUCGCGUGUCUGGCGAUAUACGCCAUGGCCUUCAAACCCUUCCUCGCAUACUACGGCCCGCGCUUCCUCCUCUGGGAACUGAGCACCCCCUUCCUCAACAUCCACUACUUCCUCGACAAACUAUCCCUCACCGGCUCGCGCUGGCAGCUGCUCAACGGCGCGUCCCUCCUCGGCGCCUUCUUCGGCGCGCGCAUCGUCUACGGCGGGGUCAUGUCGGUCGAGUUCUUCCGCACGCUGCGUGCGGUCGCGGACGCCCUCCCUACGUCUUUCCUCGUCGUGUACGGCGUAGGAAAUGUCGUGCUGAACCUCCUCAACUGGGUCUGGUUCUUUAAAAUGAUCUCUGCCCUCCGCCGCCGAUUCCAAAACCCCGAGCGCGCGCCGCGGAACGCCGUCAAGGUGCCGCAGCUGCAGAAUGGUGGGGUGCCCAAAAAGGACGAGUAG